UCCUCGCACAGCCUAUGAAUGCAAAUAUUUAUCUUGUUUGUCAGUUUCAGAGUGAAUAUGAGACCAUAAUGUAUGAGGUAAAAUAUAUGUAAUCCAAAUAGAUGCAGUAGUUUGUCUGAUAAGUGACUGUAUCAUGAACAGCGCUAGUUAGCACCGGUGAAGUUAGCACAAUUCAAACUGGUGGUGAAGCCUUCCCCUUAAACAAAGCAGUUCCAUGUAAAAACAAUGUCGUUUUAAGUAUAACGUUUUACCUUACACUUAGCCUACAUUGAAUAUGCAACCACGUAAAGGUGUUUUUGCUGUAUGGACAUGAAGAUCAAAUGGCAACGUUCACGUUAACUGAUAUGAGCUAUUUCAGACAGUGAACAUGUCGGGCAUAGAGAUCACAUGUGGAAGAAUUUCCCCCUGUGGCCCACUGAAUGGACAGCCUCGGGCACAUACAUACAGUAUUUCAAAAGUAUACAAGAAGUCUAAGAGGAAGCCUACAAAACGAAAGACCAAAGAAAAGCCAGACGAUGGUACCGACGCUCCUAAAGCGACCAGCUCUGCAAAGAAAAGGAAAUUGUGUGAGAUUAAAGGAGAUGACCUAGGAGGCAGUGCAUAUUAUGGGACAGGUGACUGUGUUGUUGACACUCCGGCUUCUGUAUUCAGUAAAAGCACAGGUGUCCAGGAUUCCUCUAUUGAUCACUUGCAACCCAUUAUGGAGAAGAGGGUUCCUACACCCGGUGAACGUUGGGAGUUGGACAGUGGUUUUGCGUCCGAGGCCAGCCCACCCUCCAGUGGCCGAUGCUCACCCUGCAUUGGCAGCUGCCCUGCCAAAAUUGUGGCCAUAGACUGUGAGAUGGUGGGUACGGGCCCUGAUGGACAUUGCAGUGAGCUGGCACGCUGUAGUGUGUUGAACUAUGAUGGUAAUGUACUGUAUGACCAGUAUAUUCUACCACGCCGGCCUGUCACAAACUACCGCACUCGCUGGAGUGGUAUCAGAAAGCAGCACCUCAAGCAUGCCAUCCCUUUCGAAAAGGCCAGGACAGAGAUUGUGACUCUAAUUAAGGAUAAGGUGGUUAUCGGUCAUGCACUUCACAAUGACUUUAAGGCUUUGGGGUUCUCUCACCCAUGGCAUAUGACAAGGGAUACUAUGUCCUCGCGAGCACUUCGACAGAUGUGCAGCUUACCUUCUAAAAAUGGCGCAUCACUGAAGACUCUAACACGAAGACUCCUCAAUAGAAAUAUUCAGGUUGGGCAGGCUGGCCACUGCUCCGUGGAAGACGCCCUGGCUGCCCUGGAUCUCUACAAGCUGGUGGAGGACCAGUGGGAGCAGAAUAAUUCUGAGAAGGAGAGGGCACCACCUCAGCUUGGCCCGGACCCCUCCCUCAGCCACUACAUGUUGGACCAGUACUGGCCAGAGCAUAUGGACUGUAGCCAGUGAGCUGGCUGAGAGCUCGACAGGUGCUAUAUCACUAUUACGGGAGGAGAACAUGGUGAACGGAGAGGUGGUGUGCUCCGCUGCUAUAGACCUCUGGAGUUUGCCAACAAAAAGGACCCAAAGCUGCCAUCUUUGCCCCUAUGAGGGGAUCCGGCUCUCCUUAUUUGGGCAAAGAUGGUACGUGGAUCUCCUUAUAUGGGCAAUGGUGGCAGCUUGUGGGUCCUUUUUGUAGGCACAUUUAUAGAGGUCUGUUACCCUAUGAAAUGGUUGUAUCUGGAGAACUUUUGUAACCUUCCAUUGAGUUGCACAAUACAGUUUCUAAGCUGUAUCCCUGAGCCCACUCAUAUGUGGGAAUCUGUCCUUAUCAAAAUUACAACAAAUUAUGAACUAAAGAAAUUAUUGGUAAAAACUGCCCAAGAACAUGAAACUCAGUCAGACAACAGUUUGAAAAAUGAAAUCCAUUUUAUUACCACACCUUUGUGGCUGUUUUGAAAGUUCAUCAUAACCGAAUGAAUGGCUCUGAUGUUUAAUAUUUAAUUAGACCUGUAAAAAACAUAAAAGCCACCCAUUUGAUUGUACAGAAACUUGCAGUUGUGUGCAUACUGUCAUGGUAAUACAUUAUUGUUGUUCAGCCUUACAUUUGGGAUGGAGGACAACGCUAAAAUGUCAUUUGUAAUGACAGUGGUGUUAAAUACUUAAUGUUAACUUAAACAUUUGGUCCAUGUGCUAUUGAACAUCAUGAUAUGCUGUGGUUAAAUCUUAUGGAGUUAUUUAUUAAUAAAAGCAUUUAAACUAUUA